AUGAAUGACGAUCUGAUUAUACCCCCGCCUUUACAAUGGAACCUUCAAGCCAUUGCGACAUGUGCAGCCAUCGUCACUGUAAUGGUUGUGAACGUGAUCGGGCUGGUGUUCACCAUUUUCUGGUGCUUGAGAACCAAAGAUGACGGUAUCGAGACAGGCGGUGAUGGAGCCACUGCGAAUCAGUUCAUAGAGCCGAAUAUUCGAAUGAAGUUGAAGGUUCCAAAAGUUGCGACAUGCUCAAAGGACGUUUACGAAGUGAGAGUUCCCAGCAACGGAAAUCAUUUCAAUGCUUGCCACGAAACAACUAUUGUCGUGGCUAGAAACAAGCGCCGCCGAACAUAUUCUCUGCCACUCGAGACUCGCCCACGCACCCAAUCCACCAGCUCUCAUCCACUGGCUAUGGCCGAAGUAUAA